AGCAGGAGCCGUUAGCUUAGCUCGGUUUCAGUUCAGUUCAGUUGAGCUGAGCUGAGUUAGCGCUCCGGUUAUCACAGAGCUGCUGCAGUAAUGUGGGUCGCGGUCGGUUUUGUUGUCGUGCUGUUGGUCGUGUUGCUCUUCAAAAAUGUGUUCGGCUCAUCCGGACCGAGUCCUUUUGACUUCGACUCCCGCGAACCGCUGAAGCCGAUGGUGCUGGAUAGGAAAGAGAAGAACAAAGUGCUGAAACAAGGCUUUCUGGCCAGCAAAGUCCCCCAGGAUCUUGAUGCCAUUGUGAUUGGCAGUGGCGUCGGUGGGCUGGGUGUCGCAGCUUUACUGGCGAAGGUUGGAAAGAAGGUUCUGGUACUUGAACAGCAUGACCGGGCUGGAGGAUGCUGCCACACCUUCUCAGAGAAAGGCUUCGAGUUUGAUGUUGGAAUCCACUACAUUGGUGAUAUGCUGGAAAAUGAGAUGUUCCGGUGCAUAGUGGACCAAAUGACCAAUGGGCAGCUUCAGUGGGAGGCUAUGGACAACCCCUAUGAUGAGGUGGUCCUGGGGCCUCCGGAGAACCGCCGCGUCUACCACAUCUACAGUGGGGAAGACCGCUUCGCUCAGGAGCUGAAGAAGUGCUUCCCAGGAGAGGAGAAGGCCAUUGAUGAGUUCAUGAGGCUGAUUAAGAAAUGUGGUCAAGGUAUUUGGUUUAUGGCUGUAUUGAAGCUCAUCCCCUCUCCGGUUGCUAAGUUCCUGGUCUACUCAGGGUUGAUCAAUCGUCUGUCAUAUUUCUUCCGUUAUGGCACUCGUAGCCUGGCUGAGGUGGUGAAUGGCCUCACUCAGAAUAAAGACCUCAGGGCUGUGUUCUGCUACAUCUUUGGCACGUAUGGAAAACCCCCAAAAGAAGCCAGUUUCUCCAUGCAUAGUUUGCUUUUGUGCCACUUUAUGCCCGGUGCCUGGUACCCGAAGGGAGGAGCGAGUGAGAUUGCCUUCCACAUGAUUCCUGUCAUAGAGAAGGCAGGAGGAGCUGUUCUCGUCAGAGCUCCUGUCAACCGCAUCCUCCUCAACGAUGCCAAGGAGGCUAUAGGUGUGAGUGUUAUGAAGGGACACGAGGAGGUACAUGUGCACGCUCCCAUCGUCAUCUCAGAUGCUGGAAUCUUCAACACCUACCAGCAGCUCCUGCCCAAAGAGGUGCAGGCCAUGUCAGCAAUCCAGAAGCAGUUGAGUUUGGUGAAGCAUGGAGACGGGGCACUCAGUGUCUUUCUGGGUCUGGAUGGGACAAAAGAGGAGUUGGGUCUCGAAGCAAAAAACUACUGGAUCUACACAGAGAACGACCUGGAUGCAUUGAUGGAGGGCUACAUGAAAGGGGACAGAGACGAGGCACUAAAGAGUCUACCUCUUGUUUUUCUUGCUUCGCCAUCUGCCAAAGACUCCACUUGGGAGCAGAGAAAGCCAGGUAAAUCCACUCUGACUGUGGUGAGCUUUGCUUCCUACUCGUGGUUUGAGGAAUGGAAAGAUGACAAGGUGAAAAACAGAGGGGCUGACUAUAAGGAACUAAAGGAGACCCUCAUCAACUCCCUUUUAGAAGUGGUGUAUCAGAUCUUCCCCAAGACAAAGAAUAAGAUAGAGUACAUGGAUGCCGGCACUCCCAUCACUAACCAGCACUACCUCGCUUCCCCUAAGGGGGAGAUCUAUGGAGCUGACCACGACACUUCCCGCUUCAGUACAGAUGUCUGCAUCUCCAUGAGACCACAAACGCCCAUCAAGAAUCUCUACCUCACAGGCCAAGAUGUGUUUUUAUGUGGUUUUGCGGGUGCGCUGGCUGGGGCUAUGCUGUGUGGAUCUGCUGUUCUCAACCGCAACCUUUACGUGGACGUCUUUAACCUCUGUAGGAAACUCAAACAAGCCAAAAAGAAAACCCAGUAA